AUGAGAACACAAGGCGUCGAGCACAAAUACAUUCGCCUGAUCAGAAAUGUUUAUAACAACAGCACUUCGUGUAUUCAACUGGAAAAGAAAGGUGACAUAUUCAGAAUACAAAAAGGUGUGAGAUUCGCGGACGAUAUCGUCCUGUUCGCCAAGUCUCCAGAAGAGCUAGAUGUCAUGAUCAAUGAACUAUCCCAAGAGAGUCUGAAAGUAGGACUAGGCAUGAACCUAGAGAAGACUAAACUAAUGACAAAUGGAGAAAAACAUGUUAUUAUGGUUGGGGAAAACACCAUAGAAUAUGUAGAAGAAUACAUCUACUUAGGACAGAUUAUAUCACCUCAUGACGCAAUUGAGAAGGAAGUAGAAAGAAGAGCUGUAAACGGAUGGAAAAACUUUGCUCUAGGCUGGUACCCACAAUAUGAUCUAGAAAAAGCUGAGGAACAUUUCGCUGAUUUUAUAGAAAAAUAUGAUAAGAAAUACGAAAGCGCCGAAGAAAUCCAGAAGCGAUUUGAGAUAUUUAAGAAAAGAUUGGAAAACAUUAACGAGUGGAACAAAAAUAAUAAAUAUACAAACGUGUGGUAUGCUGUUAACCAAUUUGCCGAUCAAGAAGAAUUGAAGCCGUUAGAUCAAUCUGCAAUUAGAAACACAACAAAAGUUAUCGAAGUGGAAAAGGAAUUUAUUUUAAAUGCCCCAGAUGAGCUGGAUUAUCGCAACCAAAAUCUAGUCACGGAAGUAAAAGAUCAGAGCACUUGUCUGAUUUGCUAUGUUUUUGCCGCUAUAGGGGCGGUUGAAGGUAUGCAUGCCAAAAAGUCCGGUGGAGACCUUCAGUCAUUAUCAGAGCAGCAAGUUUUAGACUGUACUUCAGCAGUGUGCGAACAUGGGGGAAUGCCAGUGGAUGCAUUAAAUGAAAUGGCUGGUAAAAAAUUAAUGACAGAGUUGGAUUACCCUUUUACUCCAAAAAAAGGAAAUUGCCGCGCCGACCCUAGCAAAGGCAAAGUCAAUGUUAACGGAGGAACUGUUAUUAAUACCCCCGACAUUGAAUCACUAAAAGGAGCUCUUUAUGGGAAUGGUGCCCCCAUUGUUGUUGGAUUAUACGCGGGAUCUCAACUUCAGGCAUGUACCGGUCCGGGAGUAUGUAGCCCAAACGAUUGUACAGCAGGUCAACAGCUUAAUCAUGCCGUUUUGCUGAUAGGGUAUGGCAAAGAUGCAGCAAGUGGCAAGUCUUACUGGCUCUUUAAAAACUCCUGGGGUACGGGCGUUGGUGACCAAGGCUUUUUCAAGUUGGACAUGAGUUGUCCGUGCGGCUUAGGAUCGGCAUACACGACUACUGCUGAUGCUGAUUAA